GCUGGGUGCUGCAGCAGCCAGAGUAGCUGCUGCAGCAGGCAGCAAAGAGGCAAAAUGGCUCUUGCUCUCCUGUUGGCUGCGAUCCUGGGACUUCUUCUUGUCAAGUCUGUUUUACUUCAGCUGAGAAACCCGAGCUCGCCUCCUUGCAUCGGGAGCUGGAUCCCUUGGUUUGGAGCUGCGUUCCAGUUCGGGAAAGCUCCGCUGGAGUUUAUAGAGCAAGCCAGAAGCAAGUAUGGGCCCAUAUUCACAAUAUUUGCUCUGGGAAAACGAUUUACUUUUGUGACCGACGAAGAAGGGGCUGAAGUAUUUUUUACAUCUAAAGACUUAAAUUUUGAGCAGGCAGUACAACAAGCUGUCCAGAAUGCAGUUUCUGUUCCUGCAGAAGCCUUUUAUCAGAAUCACGGUAACCUGUACACCAUGAUGAAGGGGAAAAUGGGUCCUUCUAACCUGCACCUGUUCACAGACACUCUGUGUAAGGAACUGCAUGAGCACAUGGGACACCUGGGCACCAAGGGAACAGAUGAUCUCAAUGACCUGGUAAGGCAUGUCAUGUACCCAGCAGUGGUGAAUACUCUGUUUGGAAAAGGUGUCUGCCCAACGAGCCAGAGUGAAAUCAAGGAGUUUGAAGAGCAUUUUCAGAAGUACGAUGAGGACUUUGAAUAUGCCUCUCAGAUGCCCGAGUGCUUCCUGAGAAACUGGUCUAAAUCAAAAAAAUGGCUUCUAAAAUUAUUUGAGAAAGUGGUGUUGGAUGCUGAAAAGACCAACCCUUCAGAGACCACGUCCAAGACGCUACUGCAACAUCUUCUGGAUAACUUACAGGGAAGACAUCUGGCUCCCAAAUAUGGUCUCUUAAUGCUCUGGGCUUCCCAAGCAAAUGCUGUCCCUAUUGCAUUUUGGACCCUUGUUUUCGUCCUGUCCUGUCCUUCCAUUUACAAGAAAAUCAUGGAAGACCUGGCUUCUGUUUUUGGCAAAGCAGGUAGAGAUAAAAUAGAAGUCUCUGGAGAUGACCUUAAGAAGCUCUCUUUUAUUAAAUGGUGCACUUUGGAAGCCAUACGGCUGAGGUCACCAGGAGCAAUCACCAAGAGAGUAGUAAAUCCAAUAAAAAUUCAGAAUUUCACCAUCCCUGCAGGUGACAUGCUGAUGUUGUCUCCAUAUUGGUUGCACAGGAAUCCAAAAUAUUUUCCUGACCCAGAAGUGUUCAAACCUUUUCUUCCCACAGGAUCGUUGGAAAGAGGCAAAUUUAGAGAAGAAUGCUUUCUUGGACAGCUUUGUGGCAUUCGGAGGAGGGAAGCAUCAAUGUCCAGGAAGGUGGUUUGCUAUCAUGGAAAUCCAGUUGUUUAUUGUGCUGUUCCUAUACAAAUAUGAAUUUGUUCUUUUGGAUUCAGUACCAAAGGAGAGCCCUUUACAUUUGGUGGGGACACAGCAACCCAUGGCACCGUUCCGGGUCCAGUAUAAGUACCGGGAAUGAAAACUGACCAGCACUGACUUGCCUUCCUUUACCGGCCACCAUCAGACGAACGGGCCACUGAGCUGCUUCCCUUUGGAAUAUCCUACAUGUUCAAAUAUAUUAUCAUAGUUAAGAGUUAAGAACUGUUACAUAGUUAAGAAAGGUCUUAACUUCAAGUGCCGUACAUACUCUGUGUUGUGGUUGCUACGCCGGAGUAGUGGUAUCUCUGCUUCUCAUCCUGAUUGCCUACCUCCUAGUAUUUAAAAGUCAAACUGUCUUGCUGCGUUUGUAAUUUGUGGGCCAAAUUAUUUGCAGCCUUUGCAAGUCUAACUGGUAUACUAAACUCACCAACCAGAUACUCAGGACAAAAGUCUUCUCUGCAUGGAAAUCCUUUGUGGAAGUUGGGCUAGAACCCUUGGAAAAACAGGUCCCUUGGGCCAAGCCUCUGCUUCCUGCAAGUCCCUUUGUACAAAGGCCAAAGUCCUGCCUUUUGGUAGGAGACAGGAAUGGUAACACCGUCUGGCUUCCUAGGGCCAGUGUGCACAAAAUAUAGGACAAUGCUGAGUCGAGACCUCUGGAUCUCAGUCACAUGAACUAGCAUCAUUUAUAUAUCAUGGUAUAGCUAGGGACGGAUCUGGCCUGCUCUGCCUAAAAUGGGAGCCAACUGAUCACAAAUAAAAUGCAAUUGUAGGUGAAGACUUGCCAGCAUGGGAAACAGGUGGGUUCUUGUCCUACUGGAGCACCUGAAAUUUCCAUCGCACUUCGGUCCUUGCAUGAAUAAGCAAUGAAAGGUUGAUCCCAGUGUUUGGCUUCUAAUGAAUACUGACUGCAAGAAAAGCCAUUGUUAUUUGUUGAAUUAUUUGUGGAAGUUCUAGAACAUUUUUGCUUUUCUUCUAACAUGACUUAUAGAACAACUUGCACAAAUCUAAAAAUAUUUAAUCUUAUAAAGAGUGUCUAGUAAAAGUUGUUCAAGGAAGCUGUCAAAUAAGUUCAGAUACCAACACUUUAACUGCUGUCAGAUUUCAUAUACUAUAAUAGCUGGCAUAUAUUUUUAGUCUUUUAAGUAAAGAUUACUCAUCAUUUUAGAAGUAUUUUAAAAAAUAGCACAUAUGGACUUUUAACAACAGUAAAAACUAUGGGAAUAACAUCCAUAGGAAAAUAACAAAUUGUUUAAUGCAUAAAUUGUUUGACUUACAUCAGUCAUGUAUAUGACAAUUUUACAAACUUUAAAGGAUUUGUCCAACUUCUAAUUUAGGUCAUAAUGGUUAACUUGGCAGGAGUUCCAAGCUUAACUGCUAUUUCAGAAUCUUUUCAGAAACUGAAAACUAGUCCCUUUUUUUCCACGUGUGAUCAUUACUCAAAAGCAUAUUUUUUAUUUUUAAAAAAAUUUGGAAAUGUCCACAAUAUCUAGUCAGAUAUCUUGUAAAUCUGUAAAAAUAAAAAAAAUAUGUUCCGGUAGGCAUUUCUUUUUAAUCCUGUGUUUUUUUUUCCCCCCUCCAAGAGAGAUACCUAAGUCGAGCAAAAUUCUGAAACGGCAAGCUUGACCUUAAAGUACAAGAUGCCUAAAGGGCAGCAUCAUUGCAUUUUAUUCAAUUUUUAUUGCAGCAUUUUAUUCAUGCAUUGGUUAGAAUGAAUAAAAAAGCAUUUGAAACCA